UAUGCCCUGAGGCAAACCGCGGGCGUGUGUGUGUGUGUUUGUGUCUGUUGCUUCUCAUCAGUGUGUCCUUGACUCUGUAGUCAAGCCGCAGGUUAGCUAGAGAGCUACCACUGGAUUUGACAGCUAGGAGUCCAAAGAGGAGAGCGCCAUAUCAUUUCUAUCCCCCCCAAAAUCCACCCUCAUCGCAGAGUAAACGCACCUCGAGAUGGCUUUCUUGAUCAAGAGCAUGAUUGGGAACCCCCUGUCAGGAAUGGGUCUCGGUGGCGGAGGUGACAAAGAAGAGGAGUCCACCCCGUCAGAUCCGGCCAAAGCUGCAGGGAUGACGCGCGAAGAGUAUGAAGAGUACCAAAAACAGUUGGUGGAGGAAAAGAUGGAGAGAGACGCAGAUUUCUUGCACAAGAAGGCCGAAAGAGCAACGCUCAGGGUGUGUCUGCGAGAUAAAUACAGACUGCCAAAGAGCGAGCAGGACGAGAACAUGAUCGAGAUGGCGGGGGACGACGUGGACGUCCCAGAGGAGCUCUUGAAGAUGGUGGACGAGGACGCCACGGAGGAGGAGGGCAAGGACUCCUUCAUGGGCCAGAUGCAAAACUUGCAGAACAUGGACAUGGACCAGCUGAAGGAGAAGGCCUCGGCCACCGUCACCGAGCUGAAGAGCAAAGCAGAGGAGAAGUGCUCCGUCAUGUGAAAAUAUCCAUAAAAAUACAUUUAUAAUAUGUCAUAAUUCCACCAGUUUCUGGAAAUAUGUACAGACGAACGGCGUAAAAAAUGUCUGUAAAGAGCUUACUUAGUAACAACUUUUCUUUUAAGCACUUUGUCCUUAUAUGGAAUAAAAAAAUUGUCAAAUAAUAAAAAAGAAAUGUAGUUAUUUACAUUCUAAAUGUUAAAGUUUAACCCCAUUUUGUGUGAGAAAACAUUCACUCUUUUCUUUUAUCAGACUUUUAUCACUAAAGUUUGUAUUUUAUUCAAAUUAUUUUAAAAAUUUGACCAAGAAAUCCUGAUUAAAAAGUCAAUCCUAUCUAAGUAUUUUUAAUGUACCUUUUGUUUUAUCUGUUAAUCUAGAUGUUUGUUUCUUUUUUUAUCUGUAUGUGGUGUUUGGAUCAUGAUAUUUAGUUUCUCUGAUGUGAUGUUGACAAAAGCUGGUGAUCAUUUCAAGAUCUUCACUGCAUCUUUAGAACCUUUGCUGAGAUGUUUGCAAUUUUGCACAAAUUCUAUAGUUCAAUGCAGAACACAAUGACUCAAAUGUACAGAACCAUUUGUGAAAUGCUUGAAGGAACAAAACACUGAUUUAAAAAAACAGCUCUACUGUUUAAAUAAAGAUGUAUAUUUACUAAAAGGAGUGUUUGUGCAGCUUGAUAAAGUUUAUAAAGUCUGCAAAUAUUUCACAUUAGGCAGGAGGUAUAACAGAUUGAACAUUACUACAUAACUAUCAGACAUUUGAUAUGUGACCAUCAUCUAACUGCAUGUCCCACAUUUGUGCCCAAAAGUUAAUCAAUUUAAACAAAAAUAAUCAAUUUAAGCAUAAAAAUAAAAUAAAAAAAAAUGUAAAAACAAAACUAUAUUUAAUUCAGACAAAUGUCAAGCUCAACUGAGUUUAGAUCUGGAGAAAAGAGGAGGGUUUUAAGUGAAGAUUUAAGUGAAAACACUAAAGACUUAUGAAAGUUCUGAUGUGGAAAUAAAGAUAAAUAUCAAAGUUUGGAGCAGAUACUGAUAGAAACAAGCAUGUCUACUAGUUUAACCAAGUCUUUAUCUUAGUGCCCCCAUAGCAUCUGCCAGUAUAUA